AAACUGAUUUUAUAACGCAUUCGAAGAAAAUUUACACACGUAAAUUGUAGUGUGUUUUUUUUUUUUUUUGUGGCUGUAGAGUUGAAUGCAAAGGUUUGUGCACCCCCAGGACCAUAUAUGAUGUCUAUCUUGGGGUUUUAUAUGUUACAUCAUCGUAUGGGAUCAUCAUAAUUGGGAAAUUUCUUGAUUAUUAAAAGUGUGUGUAUAUAUAUUAAAAUAUCAGUUUCCUUGUGUAUUCUCCUGUAUGUGUAAGUUUUAAGUCACAAAACUGCCAUUUCUGGUCAAAGAAAUAUUUCUAAACUCUCUCAGUAAAUGUGGAGAAAUUGUCUGAAAUCUGCUCCUCUUAUUGAAAAGGUCACAGUGUGGACCCGCACGUUGUCCGUAUGCACGGUGUUAUUAUUUCAGCUCAUCACUGCACCCUCCCACCCACCCUUUUGCAGUUUUACUUUACAGCCCGAAUCCAGCGCUCCACAUACUGUUGAUGGUUUUACUACAGGUUCACGUCUGAUAUCAUUAGAGCCACGACCAAAUACGGCGGAGCUGCGUAAAGGCACAAAAAGGCCAUGAAUAUAUAACACAGCUCACUCACAAAUGGCUCUAAGGUGCUCUUCAGUAAUCCUGCAGAGAAACCUAUGAUAACUGACGCAGCGCUACAUAUGAGGAGAGAUGAGAUGUGUACUGUACACACACACACACGCCAACCACUUCUUCAAGGUUACCUAUUCAACUGUUCAUUAUCCAACCAGCCAAUCAGACGGCAGCAACUACAUGCUUUUAGGCAUGUAGAUGAUCUGCUUAAGUCGGGACUGAGCAUCAGAAUGGGGAAGAAAGGUGAUUUAAGUGACUCUAAACAUGUGGCAUGGUUGUUGAUGCCAGAUGGGCCGGUCUGAGUUUUUCCCAAACUGCUGAUCAUCUGGGAUUUUCUCACACAAACAUUUCUAAGGUUUACAAAGAAUGAUGUGAGAUAAGAGCAGGAAACUAAGGCUAAAGGUCACAUGUGGAGAACAGAAGAUAACCACGGAAAAAUGUCGUCUGAUCCGAUGAGUCUUGAUCCCGCGACAUUCGGAUGGUCUGGUCAGAAUUUGGCAUCAAUAAUGUGAAAGUAUGGAUCCAUCCUGCGGUGUAUCAGUGGUUCAGGCUGCUGGUGGUGGUGUAAUGGUGUGGUGGAGAUUGUCUUGAUUUAAACACCACAGCCUUGGUGCUGAGGUUAUUGUUGCGGACCGUGUCACAAAGCUAAAAGAAUACAACAGCGGUUCCUUUAACAUGACGGUGAGGUCACUGUACUCACACAGCCUCCACAGUCACCCGAUCUUAGUCCAAUAGAGCGACUUUGGGACAAGGUGGAGAUUCGGAAGAGUCGUAUCAUGGACAUGCAGUCAAUAAAUCUGCAGCAAAAUCUGUUUCCUGCACUGUGUAGAAUCUGUGCCCCAAAGAAUGAAGGCAGCUCUAAAGGCAAAAGGUGUACCUAAUAAAGUGGCCAGUGUGUUUAGGUAUGUAUCUUUGUGAUCUUAAGCAAAAAAAAAAAACACACUUAAAAUCCACAUCUCUGCCAGGUUUUCAUGUUUGUGCAAAAAUACUCAUCUGUUAAUGCUCUUCUCUCUAAUCAUCACCUGUCCAAAUACACACACACAGUGUAAAAAAAAUACAAAACAAAUUUGUGUUUGGAAAACAAAAUUUUAUUUUUAACAAUUUUUUGUCCUUAGAUUUUUUUUUUUAUUUACAGAGGGACACAAACUUUUGCUUUCGACUAAAUUAAUUACAGACUGUUUAACACAUCGGCCAAUUUACAAAAAAAGGAUUAAUCACAUCCAGCAAACCUGCGCGAUCAUGGUGUAAGUGAGCGUUAAAGCUUGACGAGUUUUCCUUUAACGACUCAAUCAGAAUGUUCUCAACUUUAUUUAUUAAAACAGAAAAAAAAAGAGAAUGUAAAUAUUACUAUUCGGGUAAAAUCUGUUUAAAGACCCGUUAAAGCAUAUUUAAUAUUAUUGCUCUGCCUAUAAGCGCUAUUUUAACAUAUUGUACACUUAAGUAGUAGAUUGUAGCCUUUAAGUGCUUAUAUACACACACAUAUAUAUAAAUAUAGGAUUAAAACUACUGUUAUUUAUGCGGUUAUUAAAAUUCUAUUCAAUAGGAUUUUAAUCAUCUGAGCCAAAAAAAAAAAAAAACAUGCAGGAAUGCAGUGAAGAAGAAAAAGCUUUGAUCUGGUUUAAAUUUUAUUCCUAUUUCUUUUAUUAGAAGUGCAGGAGAGGUCUUAUAUUUUAUGAUGCAUUAUAUUUGCCUACAUCUGUUAUGUUUUUCCCUCCAUCAGAAGAAAUGAAUUUCAACUUUUUUUUUUGUUAAAAUCAUUAUCGUGGUUGUGGGGACGUGGGAAAGAUCUGAACUCGAGAGAGAGAGAGAGAAACAGAGAGCUGCCCUUCUGAUUAUUAAUCAAAUGCACACAAGUCCCAUUCUUAAUGCUUUACAUAGUGUGUGUGUGUGUGUGUGAGAGAGGUUAAUCACUAGUUGAUCAGAAGAACACCAAAGUGCAAGUCUUACUGAUCACCUGCUGUGUCUCAUGCUCCUUCAGACGUCACCACAUUAUCUUCACUCCUUUCCUUUGGUUCAACUCUCCUGUUCUCUCCCUUUUUCUCAUAUUCUUCCCUUUCAGUUCUUUUUAUUCCUUGUCCUCUACCUGUCCUUAUUCGGCUUUCGGUUUCAUACAUUCAUCAAUCUCAGAUCUUCUUUAUUUUUUUCUUUACCUCUCACACAUUUGUCUUUCUUUAUCUUCAGUCUUCUUGCUUGCUUUACAUUCUCUUCCUCCAUUAGUUUAUCUGUAUUCACUUCAUUCCUUUUGGACACUUGAGUCUUAAUUUAUUUGCUGUACAGCUGUCAACUUUUGAACUUUGUUUUAUUGCUUCCUUUCUUUCUCUCUCAGCUCUGAGUGUAAUUCUGCUCACUGCAGGCAGUCAGAGAUGAUCAGACCGAUAUCAGACAUCCAGCAGCAGCUCUCUGAUAGUUAUUCAUUUCUCACAGCUGCAGCUUGGUCUAAGGAUGAACCAGCGCCAUCUGUGAGAACCAGUUACCAUGACAACCUUACUGUGAAGAUAUUUUUUUCCUUUUUUUAAAGCUAGCCUAAUAAUUUCAUGUAGAAAGCGGCACAUUGGAGCUGAUCACCAACAGCCUUCUGCAGGAGUACAUGAGUUUUAAUAGCAAUCCAAAGUAAAGUUUUUAAUCACUUUAUUAUACAUCUGAAGCGGGUCCUGGUUUCGCUGCGAGCCAGUCACGAGGUUCCCAAACAAAUCACUUGACUCUCUGCUCGUCUAAACUCUCGAGUGUAAAUCUUCACACACAUUUGUUUUUUUUUUCCCCCUUAGAGUUAGGAAUGUACAGAAGUAGAAUGUAUUACUAUUAUAAUAAUAAUUAUAAUUUUUUAAGCGAGUGGGUUAUUUCUUUGGUAAAUCAUGCAGGUAUAAAACACAUGGAUAAUAGACAUACUAGGGUUCGAGUGAGUCUGUAUCCUUGGGUGUGUGUGUGUGUGCGCGUGACGGCUCUUCCCGAUUCAGCUGCUGUAGAUAUUCGCUCCGUCCUCGCCACGAUUCGGCCCGCGGGCUUCCACGACUCUCGGUUCUCUGUUUUUUAUGUGACUUGAAAAGGUAUCAAACAUUUACACUCUUAGCUACAAUCGAACUCUUAAUAAUAAAACGUUCAUAAUCGAAUCAUGUGACGUGGCAACUGUGCACAAGUUCCUUGAGCGGGCUGUGCCUGAGCAGACGCGGCGUGAACUCAAUGGCACUCGAUGUCCGCUAGCUGUGGUUAGUGAUUAGUGAAAACACCUUGGUGGUCUCUGUCUGUCACUGUACUCGCUAUACGACAUGCUUAACCUGCAGCAACUCUCUCAAGUGUAAAAACUUUUUUAAAGCAAAUAAAGAUGUACUGAUUAUGAACUUGUUCUAUCUGCUGUGUGGUUUCUUCUGUCUUCAGUGUCUCUUACACGUCUUAAUUAUCCGACCCUGGGAGAAGGCAAAGUACGAACCUGCACAACACAAUGUGUUGAUUUGUAAUGAGAUCAAAGUCAAAUUUAGACUUUAACUAAGCACUUCACAUUAACGACCCUGCGCAGAGUGU